GAAUAAUUAACGAGUGUCCACCAAUAAUUCAUCCAGGUUUGAUAACACCAAAUGAUGAAGAAAUCACAACUGAAAUGACAGCAUAUGUAACUGUAGACACAUUGGAUAAUAAAACAACAAUUUCAAAUGUAGCUGCAGAAGAACUAGAUGUUAUAACAACAACUCCAAAUGUAACUGCAGAAGAACUGAAUGUUAUAACAACAAUCCCAAAUGUAACUGCAGAAGAACUGAAUGUUAUAACAACAACCCCAAAUGUAAAUGCAGAAGAACUGAAUGUUAUAACAACAACCCUAAAUGUAACUGCAGAAGAACUGAAUGUUAUAACAACAACCCCAAAUGUAACUGCAGAAGAACUAAAUAAUAUGUCAGCAACAGCAAAUGUAAAAAUGACAAUAACUGAAAAUGUAACUGUAGAUGCACUGAAUGAUAUAACAACCUCAAAUGUAACUGUAGAAGAUAUGAAUGAUAUUACAGCAACCCCAAAUGUAACUGCAGAUGUGCCAGAUUUCAUUGUAGCAACAGGAGCACCAAAUUAUGAAGCUGAAUCUUACACCUAUAAGAGACCAAAACGUUUUGAGCCAGAACCAUCUGAGGCAGAAUAUGCAGCUGUUUUAGGAACCCCCUUAUUUUGUAUCAUAAUAGCUAUUAUCUUAGUGUUUGUUAAUGCAGAUCUCCCUAUCUUGUAUAGGCACAUUAGGAAGGGCUUUAGAAAUAUCAGAGACGUAUUCAACCCAAAGUCUGCACUGAACGCUACCUAGAAUUUGCAUGGCAUUUGUGAAACAUUGAGAGUUUUUAUAGAAUGUGCUUUUGAAAAUCCAUUAAUAACAUGAUACCUGAAAAACACUAAUGUAAUAUAAAAAAAAAAUAUGAACAUUUAUUGUUGUUGUUGUUUUCAUUAUCAAAGUACAUUUACAAAGAUUUUUUUCGCAAAGCUUCCGAAGCAAACAUUAUCGGUAACUAUACAUAUAAACAUGCUACAAUAAAAUUAAUACAGUGAUUGACAGAUUAUGACAAUACAAAAACAUGUAUCAUGAUUGAAUUCAUCGUUUUUGUCAUUACUGCCUGUCUAGUAAUACUC